AUGGCACAAGUCCUGUUGGAAACCCGCCGCCAGACGAAGUCAAAAUCCAGUCAGAAGGAGAAGGGGGCGACCUGCCAGGCUGCGUGGCAGAGGAGGAAGGAACGAGAAGCGCGGAGGAGGCAGCAGGAGGAGGAAAAAGAGAGGAAGAGGGCCCUUGCCAAGGCGCUGAAAGCUCAGCGACCAGGAGAGUGCCAGAAAUACAUAACUGUGGUGCUAGAUCCAGUUCUUUUACAGAUGGAAGGUGGUGCAGAGAUCCUCAAGGCUUUGCAAGCUGCAAAUUAUUCCUGUGUGGUUGAGAAUCAGGCUGUUCCCUGCAGCAUCACCUGGAGGAGAAAGACUGUAUCACCUCAGGUGGAAGAAGUAGAUGAAUGGACAGAAGAACCAAAUGUCCUGGUUCUGCUUCGCUUGGAGGAAUUUUUGUCCAUGGUUCACAACUAUAAACAAGAGGCCAAGGGCUGUACAGAGGGACAGAAGGAGACCCUACAGAGCUAUGCAGCUCGUGUGAUGGAGAAAAUGCCUGGGAAAAUUCUGGCACUGGCAUUAGCUGGAGUAGAAAAUUAUUUCAGGUCUCUCAGAAGUCGGUCAAAAAAGAGACUGCGAGAGCCAGCUGUGAUUGGAAACCAAGAAGAGGAACAGAGAAAACAAAGAAAAAAGAGAGUUAAGGAUUCUGGCCUGGAGAUAACCAGAAUGAACGUGGAGGAAGCCUUGGUGGAUCUCCAGCUGAGCAAACGAGUCCAAGUCAGCUUUUUUGACAGUUGGGAAGAGCUCGGAGAAUAUGUCACUAUGUUCUCAAAAGCUGUAGCUGAAGCACCGUUCAAGCGAGCACGAGAGAAUACAGGGUUCUCUUUCUACUUGGAGAAGCAAUGGUGUGGAGGGGUGAAGGUGGAUAGUUCUGGAAAGGGUCUCUUGGAAGUUUGGAAGAGGCAGAUACAACAAUUUAACCGGGUCAGCCGUGAGAUGGCUGAGGCUAUUGUGUCUGCGUACCCUUCUCCUCAGCUUCUGAUCCAGGCCUACAGCAGAUGCUCUUCGGAGCACGAGAAGGAAAACAUGCUGGCUAACAUCCCUGUGCACCGUGGUGACGGUGUGACAGCCACCUCCCGGCGGAUCGGACCAGAACUCUCCCGACGAAUUUACCUGCAGAUGACUUCCCACGAUCCUGAUCUCUGUUUGGAUUAA